GAAGGCGGGCGUGAGCAGCUGCACAGGAGCUGGCCCAAACCUUUGGGUAAGUUGUCUUCUCCCUAGUGAGGAGACCCCUGCAAGUGGGGCACAGUGAGGUCUGGGAGUUUGAUAUUUCGGUCCUGGCACCCUUUCUAUCCCUGGGGCCGGCUCACCAGGGUGAGUGGAGCCUCAGAGGAGGAAACCAGGAAGCCAGGAAUUUAGCUCCAGACAACAUUUCUAGAAUAGAGAGUGGGUGGGAACCGACUCAAGUAAAGUCCCAGAGACUCUAUCACUGACGCACAGGAAAGCCUCAAGUGGGAGGAGAAAUGCAAAUCCCCUACUGACAAUGGCGUCAGCGGCUUUGUCCUGGGGACUGUGAGGGGCGAUUCUGACUUUGGACUUGACACCGCCUGGGACCUGGGCUGAGAGAGCCAGCAUGUCUCAGUGGAAUCAAGUCCAACAAUUAGAAAUCAAAUUUUUGGAGCAAGUAGAUCAAUUCUACGAUGACAACUUUCCUAUGGAAAUUCGACAUCUGUUGGCUCAGUGGAUUGAAAAUCAAGACUGGGAGGCGGCUUCCAACAAUGAAACCAUGGCAACAAUUCUUCUUCAAAACUUGUUAAUACAACUGGAUGAACAGUUAGGCCGCGUUUCCAAAGAGAAAAAUCUGCUCUUGAUACACAAUCUAAAAAGAAUUAGGAAAGUCCUCCAGGGAAAAUUUCAUGGAAAUCCAAUGCAUGUAGCCGUGGUCAUUUCAAACUGCUUAAGGGAAGAGAGGAGAAUAUUGGCUGCAGCCAACAUGCCCGUUCAGGGACCUCUGGAGAAAUCCUUACAAAGUUCUUCAGUUUCAGAAAGGCAGAGGAAUGUGGAGCACAAAGUAACUGCCAUUAAAAAUAGUGUGCAGAUGACAGAACAAGACACCAAGUAUUUAGAAGACCUGCAAGAUGAAUUUGACUACAGGUAUAAAACAAUUCAGACAAUGGAUCAGGGGGACAAGAACAAUGCCCUAAUGAAUCAGGAAGUUUUGACGCUGCAAGAAAUGCUUAACAGUCUCGACUUCAAGAGAAAGGAAGUCCUCAGUAAAAUGACACAAAUAGUCAAUGAAACGGACUUGUUAAUGAACAGCAUGCUGAUGGAAGAGCUGCAGGACUGGAAGAGGCGCCAGCAGAUUGCCUGCAUUGGAGGGCCGCUCCACAAUGGGCUCGACCAGCUUCAAAACUGUUUUACACUAUUAGCAGAAAGUCUAUUCCAACUCAGAAGGCAAUUGGAGAAAUUAGAGGAGCAGUCUACUAAAAUGACAUAUGAAGGGGAUCCCAUCCCCAUGCAAAGAGCACAUCUGCUAGAAAGAGUCACCUUCUUGAUCUACAACCUUUUUAAGAACUCAUUUGUGGUUGAACGACAGCCAUGCAUGCCAACCCACCCUCAGAGACCGAUGGUACUUAAAACUCUCAUUCAGUUCACUGUAAAGCUAAGACUGCUAAUAAAAUUGCCAGAACUAAACUAUCAAGUAAAGGUGAAAGCAUCUAUUGACAAGAAUGUUUCAACUCUAAGCAAUCGAAGAUUUGUCCUUUGUGGAACUCAUGUCAAAGCCAUGUCUAUUGAAGAAUCUUCUAACGGAAGUCUCUCAGUAGAAUUUCGACAUUUGCAACCAAAGGAAAUGAAGUCCAGUGCUGGAAGCAAAGGAAAUGAGGGCUGUCACAUGGUAACUGAAGAGCUUCAUUCUAUAACCUUUGAAUCACAGAUCUGCCUCUAUGGCCUGACCAUAGAUUUGGAGACCAGCUCAUUACCUGUGGUGAUGAUUUCCAAUGUCAGCCAGUUACCUAAUGCUUGGGCGUCCAUCAUUUGGUACAAUGUGUCAACCAACGAUUCCCAGAACUUGGUUUUCUUUAAUAAUCCUCCAUCUGCCACUUUGAGUCAACUCCUGGAAGUGAUGAGUUGGCAGUUUUCAUCAUAUGUAGGCCGUGGCCUUAACUCAGAUCAACUCAAUAUGUUGGCGGAGAAGCUGACAGUCCAGUCUAGCUACAAUGAUGGUCAUCUCACCUGGGCCAAGUUCUGCAAGGAACACUUACCUGGUAAAUCAUUUACCUUUUGGACAUGGCUUGAAGCAAUAUUAGAUCUAAUUAAGAAACACAUUCUUCCCCUUUGGAUUGAUGGGUAUGUCAUGGGCUUUGUUAGCAAAGAGAAAGAACGCCUCUUGCUAAAGGAUAAAAUGCCUGGAACCUUUUUGUUAAGAUUCAGUGAAAGCCACCUUGGAGGAAUAACUUUCACCUGGGUAGACCAUUCUGAAAAUGGAGAAGUGAGAUUCCACUCUGUAGAACCCUACAAUAAAGGCCGGUUGUCUGCUCUGCCAUUUGCUGACAUCCUUCGAGACUACAAGGUUAUUAUGGCUGAAAACAUUCCUGAAAACCCUCUGAAGUUCCUUUAUCCUGACAUUCCCAAAGACAAAGCCUUCGGUAAACACUACAGCUCCCAGCCAUGCGAAGUCUCAAGACCAACAGAAAGGGGGGACAAAGGUUAUGUUCCAUCUGUCUUUAUCCCCAUUUCAACAAUCCGAAGUGAUUCAACUGAGCCACAUUCUCCAUCAGAUCUUCUUCCCAUGUCUCCAAGUGUAUAUGCAGUGCUGAGAGAAAACCUGAGCCCCACAACAAUUGAAACUGCAGUAUGUUUCCUUUCUUUUCCAUUGCUGGUCAAGGGCACUCCUAAUGAAGCAAAUGUGGUACCUGUUAAUCAAAAGGGCAGAAGUUCUGCCUGAGAAGUGAGAAAACACAUGUGUUGGAACAAAUCCAUGUGCAUAACACUGGAUGAAGUCUCCAUAUUCUGCUGAAUGACAGGAUAAACCCUUGACACUCAAAAGAAGGAAACAAAUGAAAAAGCUUAAAGACUGAUCUUUGCCAACAAUCAAAUCCUAUUUCUUCAGCUUUGUAUAUACCCGUUUCCAGGAAAUGGUUCAAGUGUGAAGCUCUCCUCUCACCGCAUGACACCACCAAUUGGGAAUGUUGUGAUUGGAAUGCGAAAAACCAAAGCUUGCGAGAUAAAACACUUGAAGAAACCAGUGUUAAUAUAACAUUAACAAAAGACUCCUUUAUAUGUA